AUGCCUACGAGAUACCAAGCAACAGCGACACAGAACACCGGCUCAGACAUCAUGCAUAAAUGCCAGGCAACCCAGGAGCGUCUCGAUGCCGAGGGCAUUACACAGACGUCAAGAUUGGAUCCCCAGUGGUCUUGUUUUCUUGUGAAGCAGGCGAAAGAACUUCCAGCCAAUAUGAGAUGUCAUUCGACCAGCCUUCCUUCCAGAACAUGUUGUGCGGAGAGCAGCUAUCGACAACUGAAAAGGACGGACCCAAAGUUCCUACAAUCUCAGGGCCACAGGCUAGGCGACAGCCCAGUCGGAGCUCAAGCAAGGGCUCUCGAUAUGUCCCUCUUGGUCGAGCUCACUGAAGGAGAAGUUGCUGAAAGCAUUGGCGUGGACCAAGCCACAGAAAAGGACAUGGAAGGGGAGGACGAUCUCCUCUGCGAGUAUUUGGGGUCAAGAGACUCCCAGGGAGGUAAGCUUCGAGCCCAAAGACCCGGUCUCAUCCGUCAGGGGGCCAUUGUACCUGGCACUUCAACUGCCCUCCUCGUCGAAGCUGCCAUACGAAGGAGACUUUCGAAAAUCGACAGACUUACGUCUAUCGUGAGUUCACAUGAGGAAGCAAGAAUCAGAGCCUCGCGCCAGGUCGGGCGGAAACCGACAAACUCAUCAAUGAGGUGA